AAAAUUUCGCAGCCUACAAGGCGAUAUCAAAUAGAUACCGUACAAUAGUCGAUAGGAAUUCAUUAUGAAAAUGAGAAAAAACUAAAAAUAGAAAUGAUCGUUUCGAACGCAGUGGUCGUCGCACGACGGAAGAUGCCGACGCUGAAAAGUAAAUAAAAGGAGGUGCCCCACCGACGGGCGAAACACUUCCGACACCAUCGUCUCGCAAAAAUGUCGUCUCCCUUCUUGUUAUUUGCUUGCGUGUGUUUCGUGGCUCUUUUCGCCGCACACGUACAGCCGUUUCAUCAUCAAUUGAGGCAUCUACACCCAGGAUGGCAUCCGUACGACGAACGCGAUUCAAUCGAAACAGAAACGACGUUCGACUGCGCUCCAACCGGACCACCAGUGCCCUACCCGACGCUAGACGAUGAAGAAGUCGAGGAACCCUAUGGAACGUUCGACGUCAAAGCAUUUCGCAAACAUUCGCUCUACGAUCCUUGGAGCAAGGCUUCCAGAUACAUGAACGAGAAACUGAGAUUCAUUACGAAAUACAUUCCUCUUACACCAGGGCCAACUGGUCCCCCUGGACCUCCAGGGCCUAUGGGGCCUACAGGCGCAACCGGACCGACUGGACCAGACGGUCCAACAGGACCUACGGGACCGACAGGGCCUCCUGGCAUGGCCGGAGAGGACGGUAUGAAUGGCGAAAACGGUGAAAACGGUGAACCUGGCGCUAACGGCAUCCCUGGGGAAGCUGGACCAGACGGAAAUCCUGGCACGGACGGUGACGAUGGCACUCCAGGUGACCCUGGAGCAGACGGAACACCCUCUACCUCCACAGCAACAGCUGAAGGAGGAGGAGGCGGCGGAGGGGGUGGAGCUACGGAUGAGACUGGUGGUGCCGGUGGCGCCGGUGGAGGUGGUGGUCGUUCUUUGCGUACAUCAAACAUCCCGGUCGGUCCACCGACAUCCGAUGGCGUCACUGAUGAUGUCGGCCGCCACCGUCGUUCUGCACGCCAAGACGCAUCACCUUCAUUUCGCAAAAAAUCUCAGUUAGAGCCUUGGUAUAAAGCAUCCCGAUACGUGAGCGAAAAACUACGAAUUUUCACAAAGUACAUUUCAAUCACCCCUGGACCAACAGGCCCACCAGGUCCUACGGGACCUACUGGACCCACAGGCCCUACGGGUCCUACUGGGCGGACAGGACCUACUGGCCUUGCUGGCGAUCCAGGCCUAAUUGGCCCGACGGGACCAAAUGGAGCUAACGGUCAACCGGGGCAAAAUGGUGUAAAUGGAGCAGCCGGUGUUAACGGUGUCGUUGGCGCUCCCGGUUCCGACGGCGCCAACGGGGCACCUGGUGCUGAUGGAGCCGAUGGUGCAGCUGGUGGAGGUGGAUCCUCCUCUUCGUCUGCUGCCGGAGGAGGUGGCGGAGGCGGUGGUGGAGGAGGUCGUCGUUCAUUUGACGCCUAUCACUUUGCAUCGGAUGGCCCCAUUGGACCAUCAUCGCCCUAUGAUGACGAUCCUUACGGUCCGAUUGACAGACUGCUGGAACGCGGGGAGAGGGCGCUAGUUGACCUAUUUCGCAGGGAUGCCGCGUGGCGGCCGUGGUACAAGGCCGGCAGAUACGUCGUCAACAAGUUGAGAUUUUUCCAAACUUAUUUCCCACUAACGGGACCCACAGGUCCGACGGGACCGCCAGGCUCACCAGGGCCAACAGGACCUCCCGGACCGACGGGGCCUGCAGGAGCCCCAGGACCGAAUGGCCCUACUGGUCCAACGGGACCUCCAGGACCAGCAGGCAACGACGGCAUACCCGGCGUACCUGGCGUCAAUGGCGCUGCAGGUACUCCAGGAGCUGCUGGGCCACCCGGAGCGGACGGUGUUCCUGGCGUACCAGGAGUGCCGGGCACAUCGGGCGCCCCUGGAGCAGGUGGAGGAUCUUCGUCUUCAUCGGCGGCAGGAGGAGGCGGAGGAGGCGGUGGUGGUGGCGGUCGAGCAUUCGAUGCCACCAAUUCCCCUCAAUCAAAAUACAGUUGAAAUAAAACAAUCGUCCUAGGAAAUUGUGCGCAUCUUUCAUCAAAAACGAAUUAUGCAAAUCUUUGGGUUGCUCAGUACAGAAGAGGGUGGUGGAUUGGAAAUCUUCUGCAUAAUCGUCGUAUAGCCGACAACAUUGUAUUUUUGACAAGUGCGAGUUUCUCUUGCAAUGGCAAAAUACACUUGUAGAAUUGAA